CUCACCAUCUUUCAUUAUCUUUGUAAUUCCUUUUUUGUUGACUUGGACAAUGUCUGGUUUGCUUAUGAUCAGACUCUGAUAUUAGAGGUAUGCGAUGAGACUCAAAUUGCUGAACUGAGAUUAAAGGUUGGAGAGACUGAGAUGCAUCUGAAGCGAACCGUUGGAGUAACUAAAGCGCCUAUGGCUAACAGUUCACCAACUACAACACCACCCGUUCCAACUAAACCGGUGGUAGAAUCAGUGCCUUCUAUCCCACCACCAUCACCAGCAAAGUCAUCUCCAUUUGUAAAUGAUUCCUUAGCAAAGUCAUCAAAAUUGGCAGCAUUAGAUGCUUCUGGUAGCAAUAACUAUGUUGUAGUAUCAUCUCCUACGGUUGGUGCAUUUCGAAGAUAUAGAAUAGUGAAAGGGAAAAGGCAACCUCCUGUCUGUAAAGAGGUACAUGGUCUUUCUAAGUCAUCAGCUUAUCAUGACCUAGAAUAGUCCCUUUACAUUGUG